AUGGAUCAGGCUCUUGUUUCGGAACGGGCCACUCGUCGCCAUGCCUUGGCCAAGAUCGAGAGCUUGAUCAAGCAAGCACCGAGUCAUCAUAUCGAAGUGCCGGAGCUGAAGGCGGCCAGUAUCCGCCACUUCCCGCUGUCUCUGGAAGAGGGGACCCAAGAUCAGCCGUGCUUCUCCGAGCCAUACCAAGGAAAGCUACCCCCUCCAGAGAAGGAGGACAAGUUUCUAGAACUUACGCCCGACCCAAAUAACAUCACUUGGAAUACCCGUGAUUUGGAAUACUUUCUCUGCGAUCACUUCAAUGACUGUUGCUACGAUCAAUGGGGAGCGUGUCCCGACAACCUCCCGCCUUCUGGCCAAUAUCGAGAGAUGGGCGACUAUAGAUUUGGUCAGCUUCUCGAGUGUAUCACGUUCAACUGGGAAGCUAUAGCGGUGACUGAUUAUCAGGAUGGUAAAUAUCCGCAUUUUAAGGCUAUGGUGGCUAGUGAAGCGAUGGGAGAUGAUCGACUGCUUCGCGGAGAAAUCAUGACCAUCACCGAUAUCAUGGCUGCUCGUCUGAGGACCAAGUCGCUCCGCCCGCAUAUCGUUGCUCCGAUUCUGGUCUUCUCUCUAGUAGGACUUUGCCACGCCCGCGUUCUAGAGGCUGAUUUUGAUGGGGAGAUGCUUAAUAUUCGCUCCUCCAAGCUAUACGAUUUCACCAAGAAGAACACCGACGCUGUGAAAUUGCUGACACGUUAUUGGUUUGGUGGUGCGCGGGGCCAGACUAUGAUGAAACCAACUUGA